UACCACUGUGGCGAGCGUCCCUGAACUCAUCAAAUCUUCGUGGUGGAGUGCAAACAAACGAACAGACUCGAGCAUGAAUCGAGUGAUUUGAGUUUCCAGGAGCUUCCGCUUCUCUCCGCUCGUCCUCACGCAACUUCCAGGAGUUCACACCAACAGAGUUGAGCCAUGGCCAAUAUUCAGAUCCGCAAAUAUCGAGAUGAGGAUUCCGAGGCAGUGAAGGAGAUCUUCACCAUGGGGAUGAGCGAGCACAUUCCUUCGUCCUUCAUGCACGUCCUGAAACAGCCGCUCAUGCAGAUGGUGCUCAUGAUCGUCUUCUGCGCUCUCAUCACCAGCUCCAAGUCCUUCCUGCUGCCCAUCCUGGCUCUCACCCUGUGCCUAGCCGGGGCCCGGCAGUUUGUCGUCUACAUGUUCAACCAAUACAUCGACGCCUCCCUCAAGAAGGACCUCAACAGCAUCAGUGAGACCUACCUGAACCAGAAGGACUCUGGUUUCUGGGUGGCUGAAAGUGACGGCCAGGUGGUCGCCACAGUGGCCUGCCUCCCCGCCGAGGAGGCGCCAGGGUGCCUGGAGCUGAAACGCAUGUCUGUGUGCCGCAGUCACCGCAGGAUGGGCAUCGCUAAGACUCUGUGUCAGACAAUUACUGAUUUCACUCGUGAGCGGGGCUACGCAGCGGUCAUCCUCCGAACCUCCAUGAUACAGACAGACGCUCAGAAGCUCUACGAGGACAUGGGCUUCCAGAAGAUAAGAGAGUUUGCUAUUCCUGAAUUUCCUGCCAAACUCCUGAACUUCAAUUUGCUUGAGUAUAGACUGGAUUUACAGAAAGACGGGAAAGGAGAGUGACUCGAGCAGAAAGACGAUUUAAGGUCCACUCUACCAUUCAUGAAUCAACAAAUCACUAUUGUUUUCAAAAGCCUUUUUUUUUAAUUGUCAGUUACUUGUAAUACAGUGGAAACUGCUUAUAGUGAUCAUGUUGGUCCCAGGUCUUUCUCUCUUAAUAUUAAUAAUACUAAUAUCUAAUACUUUUCUUAAAUGAGUGAAAUCUUUUAUUCGUAGCUGCAGGCUCAUUAAUUCAGCUCGUCUCUCAAGCUGACACACACACACACACACACACACACACACAUACAGACACACACAUCACUAUAUCCGGCUUCCACUGUAUUAGUUGAGGAAGGUUUGGUUUGCCCGUGGUCACGUUCUGUUCAUUUUGUAAAUGAUUUCAUUCAUUUCUACAGGAAACUCAAUUCAAUAGGCCGAAGUGGCUCCUUUAAUUUUGUAACUUUCCUUAUGUUAUUUGAAUUAAAAUGAAAGAUGCACUGAUGUGAUUAUCAACCCUGAUCUUAUUAUAGGGGAAACAGAUUUACAUGUUUAAAACAAAUGUGUAUAAAUUAUUUUGGCGUCUCCAGAUGAAGCUUUGUGAAGUAAAUGUUCUCAAGUGAUGAUAGUCAGAUACAUCUGGGGGCGGUGGAGUUUAAAAGAACCUCUGCUUGCUCUAUCUCUGCCUCGGGCCUUUGAUAUGUCAGACCAACCAAUCAUCAGUCCAGACUCCAAAGACAGAUGUAAAACAGAAAACAGUAAAUCCUAAUGAAAUAUUGGAUAUUAUUAGAAUAGUCAACUUACUGAUUGAUUAAUUGACGAGCUGGUGCAGCUCUUGUUGUGAACCUGUUGACACUAAUGAACUCUGAGAUAACAGAAUUGUCCGUAUGAUUUCAUGAUUAGCAAUGUGUUUGCAUUUCCCAUUCACAUGCCUGACACACAAUAAAACAUGAACUUCUUCUUUUCAUCUAAA